AUGGCGGCGGCGGCAAUAGACAUGUCCUUCUUGGAGGAUCCGAGCAUAUUCGGCAAAAGCCGCUUCGUCGAGGAGGAAGCAGGCGACAACGUCGAAGACUUCCGCAGCUGUGAGCCGCAAAUGUUUGCCAUGGCCCCGGUUGCGAAUCCGAAGACGUUCUGCAUCGACAUGAAAAAGUCUGGGGAGGCACCUGGCCUCAUGGAUUUCAAGAAAGGAACCACGACGCUAGGGUUCGUGUUCCAGGGCGGGAUCAUCAUCGCGGUGGACUCCCGAGCCUCCAUGGGCAGCUACAUCGGCUCUCAGACGGUCAAGAAGGUGAUUGAGAUCAACGAUUUCCUGCUCGGAACGAUGGCAGGCGGUGCCGCUGACUGCUCGUUUUGGGAACGCCACCUCAACCGCCUCUGCCGCAUGCACGAGCUUCGGGAGAAGGAACGAAUCUCCGUGGCCGCAGCCUCCAAGUUGCUGGCAAACAUCUUCUGGCAGUAUCGGGGCCAAGGGCUGUCUUGCGGAACCAUGGUCGCCGGGUGGGACAAGAAGGGCCCCUCGCUGUACAUGGUGGAUGACCAGGGAGACCGCCACAAGGGCAACGUGUUCUCAGUGGGCUCAGGUUCGACCUUCGCCUAUGGUGUCCUCGACUCCGGCUACCGUUUCGACCUCUCAGUCGACGAGGCAGUGGAACUAGGAAGGCGAUCGAUCUACCACGCCACGCACCGUGACGGCGCUUCCGGCGGCGUCGUGCGGGUCUACCACGUCCAUGAGAAGGGCUGGACAAAGGCACGCGGCCGAAUUGUGCAACAUGUUUCGACCGUGAAGCGAUGUUGCAAAGCGUUGAGGGGAGGUUUCCUUGCGGGGGGACGGGGGGCGGCUGCAGAAGAAAGCGCAUCUAAGAGGCUUGACGGGUUUUCGUUUGAAAAGCUGUUCAGUGCUUUCAAAAGAGAAGGUUUUGGGGUUCGAGUCCGGGUCAGCAAUGACGCACAAGAGGCCCUAGGCCACGAGCCCAACAUAGUGGCGACUCCACUCCUGGCCUGA